GUACACUUCGAUUCAUCGGGCUAGAGUUCGAAGAGAGCUUCGUAGGAACAAAUCCGAGAUUGAUUUGCAGAAAAAGGAGAAACAUAUACAUUUUCGACUGCCUGGAUAUCCCCGGAAAUUACCAUCAUGGGAACCGAUCAAACGAGCCGACAAAGACAAACUGCCUGAGACUAAUGUUAAUUUCAGAAAGAGGAAUAUAUUAAACGUGAAGAAAUCUCGACCUCGCCAGCCAAAAAAGAGAUAUGUUGACACACGUUUCGGCGAUUCUCAUGAUUUGGAACCUAGUGGGUUACUUCCAAUUUACGUCUUUAGGAAGGAUCGUGGAAAAUGGCUUGAUAAAAAGAAAUCUGACAUUAAGAAGACGGGCUCUAAAAUUGAAUCAGCAAAGAAAUGGAAAGAAAUGGGAGAGAAAGGAAUAGAUUUAAAAGAUCAAGAUGAAGCAGAAGCUAAGCGAGUUCAGUCUUUGUGUCGCUACAUUACGCAAGAGCAAAGAGCUAAUUUGUUAGAGGGUAUGAAGAAAAAAUGGGAUGAAAUGAUGAAGCAAUUCCAAUGUUUACCAUUUCUUACUGACACUCCGCCGAAAGCGAAGAGAAAAGCAAAAAUGGAAGAGGCUUUGUCUCAACUCGAAAAGGAUAUUGAAAUUAUACAACGUCAUCCUUACAUAUAUGUGUACAGCGAUGAUGAGGAUGAAUGAAAUUAACAAUUAAAGGGUCAAUGCAAAAAGAAUCAUAUGAAGUGUGACACUUAUCCUUUUUACAUUUGGCCUUUCAAUACAUUAUGGCUCUGUGUGCACAAUUAUUUAGUAAGUUCAAUGAACUUGAAUUGUUUUUAUUUAAUACGAAUUUGUCACUGACUUGACA